CACAGUACCGCGAGAUCAAACUUUCUCAAUACGUGCUCUAAUCGCUCACGCGAUACUUCAACGUGACAUGCUUUCGGCCUUCCUAUCAACGACACUUUUACUACGCAAGUCAGCAGCAGUGGAUUCGUUUCCCCGGAAAUGCAGACACGUGAUAAUGACAUCACCGCUGUUAGCCCCAAUUUCCCGCGAAACAGACUACACGCGCCCAUUAAAGGAGGAAAGUCAUUGCAUGUCACUGCAGUCGCUAUGAUGCUGGGUAUACCAAGGCAGAAAAAACGAAAAAGACCUCAACAGGAUGCUGAGCAUCACAUUACUUGUAAAACAGACAAGCCUGAGCUUUAUGAGCAAGUUAUCAGCAAAUAUAAAGGACGUGGAGUUUUCACCACUGAAGCAUUUUUUAGAGGUGAUUUUGUCCUUGAAUACAGAGGUGAACUUCUGACUUCAGAGGAGAGCCUUGAUCGAUCUAAACUCUACAAUGACGUUGAGAACACAUUCUUGUUUGAUUUUCAGUGGCAUGGCAAAAAUUGGUGCAUGGAUGCAUCCAAGGAAGAUGGGUCCUUGGGAAGACUUGUAAAUGAUGAGCACAGAAAUCCUACAUGCAAAAUAAGAACUGUUGAAGUGAACAAAAAACCUCAUCUGUGUCUUUUUGCUGUACGAGAUAUUCAACCAGGAGAAGAAAUCACUUACAGUUAUGGAGAUUCAGAUUGGCCUUGGCGAGCUAAGGUAUCAUCAACAGAAUCCAGUGAUAAAAGUCCAGUCAGCAGUUUGGAUUUGCAGAAAUUGUUCCAUCAGGCUCCUCCUGUUUCCUCAUCUGCCCUGUAUAAGGUGUACAUCAAUGAACCACAUAAGCAAGUUGAGCCACAACAGUCAGGCAAAGCAAGAACAUCAGAGGAUAAAAUGAAACUCAAAGAUUGCCAUGAGCGCUUUAACAGAGCACAAAUUAAAACGAAAAAGACUGCCAUAGAGCAAUCACAAGAAUAUUUCAUGCCCUCAUCACCUGUGAAGACCACAUCCUCGUCCUCUUCUCCUGUGCAGCCCUCAUCACCUGUGAAGACCACAUCAUCGUCCUCUUCUCCUGUGCAGCCCUCAUCACCUGUGAAGACCACAUCAUCGUCCUCUUCUCCUGUGCAGCCCUCAUCACCUGUGAAGACCACAUCAUCUUCCUCUGCCUUUGUGCAGCCCUCAUCACCUGUGAUGACCACAUCAUCGUCCUCUUCUCCUGUGCAGCCCUCAUCACCUGUGAAGACCACAUCAUCGUCCUCUUCUCCUGUGCAGCCCUCAUCACCUGUGAAGACCACAUCAUCGUCCUCUUCUCCUGUGCAGCCCUCAUCACCUGUGAAGACCACAUCAUCUUCCUCUGCCUUUGUGCAGCCCUCAUCACCUGUGAUGACCACAUCAUCGUCCUCUUCUCCUGUGCAGCCCUCAUCACCUGUGAAGACCACAUCAUCGUCCUCUUCUCCUGUGCAGCCCUCUACACCCUUGCCCUGUGCUGCUUCCACCCCUGUGAUUUCCUCAUCAAAGGUGUCUGAGACACUGUCUUUAAUGGAGAUGCACUCAUUAAGGCAAUCAAGAAAAAGACAGUAUUCUGGGAGUGCCUACAGUGAUUCAGAUGUUACGGAUUACAGUGAUGUUGACUACAUACCCCAGUUCAGCUCAGAUGAAUCAGAUGGAAGUGCUUCUGGACAAAGCAAGGCUGAAAGGAGUUCAGAUGGAUCAAACAAUAAGUCUGAAUGUAGUGAUCCUAGACCCAACAAACGUUUAAGACAUACUAAAUCACCCCUUUCAAAAAGGAAAGCUGAAGAGGCAGGUAUUUCAUCUGCCAAUUGUAUGACAGCAAUGUCAUCAAAAAGGAUGAAAUGCCAAACUGAAGAGACCGAAACCUCCUCUGACAAAAAGACUUUGGUUCAGUCAAUGCCAUCACCACAAAAAAAGAGCAGGUCAUAUAACAAAAAACAGUAUUGCCUUUAUUGCUCUAAGCCAUAUGCAAAAAUGGCAAGACACCUUGAGUUUGUACAUCGCAAUGAAGUAGAGGUUGCAAAGGCUGUAGCUUUCCCAAAACGUUCCAAAGAACGAAGAGUCCAGUUAAACCUUCUUAGAAAAAGGGGCAACUUUGCCCACAACACAGAUGUGGUGAGAAAAGGGGAAGGUGAGAUGAUUGCCUGCUACCGUCCAAAAAAGUGCAAAAACCCCAAAGAAUUUAUCCACUGUAUUCACUGUCAAGGCCUUUACAACAAGCUCAGCCUAUGGAAACACAUUAAAAACUGUCCACUUAAACCGAAGGAUGAUGAAGCUCAGGGCAGAAAAAGAGUAAGAUCUCUUUGUGCCUUAAAAACACCUGUUGGCUUAGAGGUGAGUAAAGGUUUCAAGAAAGUACUUUCCCUGAUGAACUAUGACGAAGUUUCACGGGUGAUUCAUAGUGACAGAUGCAUCAUGCAACUGGGAGAGCACAUGUUUAACAGGAUGGGAUCUGAUGUGACCAAACAUGACUACAUCCGACAGAAAAUGAGAGAAGUUGGCAGACUUCUUCUUGAAGCAAGAAGGAUAACCCCACUGAAAACAAUGGAGGACUUCAUGAUACCAGCAAACUUCAAACAUGUCAUAUCAGCUGUGAAAGUUGUGUCUGGCUUUGACGAAGAGAAGAACUCUUACCGCAUUCCCUCUUUAGCCCUCAAACUUGGACAUUCUUUAAAAAAGAUCUGUAGCAUUGUUGAAAGUAAUGCGAUGAUGUAUGGAGACCAUGAGCGUGCGGAGUGUGCUCGAGACUUCAGAAAAGUACACGAAGCAAGGUGGAAUGAAUACAUUUCUGCUGGUGCUAUAACUACAUUGAAGGAAGCCAAGUGGAAUGCACCACAGAUCAUUCCUUUCACUCAGGAUGUCAAAGUCCUGCACGCACAUCUAGAAAAGAAACGGGAUAAAUUCCUUAAUAAACUUAAAAACUGCCCCUCUGCAGACAGCUAUGCUGCUUUGGCCAAAGUCACACUCUCCCAAGUUAUCAUGUUCAAUAGACGAAGAGAAGGUGAGGUGUCACGGAUGCUUUUGUCAGCUUUUCAAAGCCGGGAUUCUUCUGAGCUGCAUGAAGACAUAGCCAUCUGUCUUUCUGAGUUCGAGAGGAAGCUGUGUAAACACUUUACCAGAGUAGAGAUCCGUGGUAAGCGAGGGAGAAAGGUCCCUGUCCUCCUCAAACCUUCAUUGGUUUCUGCCAUGGAGCUGCUUGUUGAAACACGUGAGGCUUGUGGUGUCCCAAAUGAGAAUCCUUUUAUGUUUGCCAGAUCUGGUGCAAUGUCUGCCUACAGAGGAGGAGAGUGCAUAAGUAAAGCUGCUCGUGAAUGUGGCAUUAAGAAUCCUGAAGCUCUUUCCUCAACCAGGCUCAGGAAACACAUAGCUACCAUGUCAAAGAUUCUCAACCUUGAUGAAAAUGAAGCAGAUCAACUGGCUGAUUUUCUCGGUCACGAUAUAAGGAUCCACAGACAGUAUUACCGGUUACCAGAGGGGACAUUGCAGCUGGCAAAAAUGAGUAAGGUCUUAAUGGCAAUGGAGAAAGGAACACUGUCCAGCUUUAAAGGAAAGAGACUUGAUGACAUUGAAAUCGACCCAAAUGAGCAACUUGAGGCUGAAGGUGAUACAAUGUCAAGUGAUGAAGAGGAUUGUAGUGACCUACCUCAGACAACAUCACCAGUACCAGCAGAGACUGAUCAACCAUCUGCUUCACAGAAAGAUCAAGGUUCAUCAAUACCUUCGAAAAGAAAAUGGGAAGAAGUUGAGGUAAAAGCUGUUGAAAAACACAUGAUGAAGUUCAUAAAGACAUGCAAAGUUCCUGGUAAGCAAGACUGCGAGAGAUGCAUUCACGCAGAGCCAGAAGCCUUGAAGGAACGUACGUGGACUGGUGUGAAAAAUUAUGUGCGAAACAGGAUCACCACUUUAAAAAAACAGGGUGGAUUAUAGGGGAGCAAAUUAAAAACACUUUUUUUCUUUUUACUGUAAUAAACAGAGCAUGGUGAGGAAAAGUUGCCAUGUUACAAAAACAUAAAAUAAUGUAUCCUUUUCUAGAAUAACUUUUUAACAUGUUUAGGGCUGCAAAAUGAUGAAUUAUGACUAAUCGUUUGCAGAAUAAAAGUUUUUUUUUACAUCAUAUGUGUGUAUACUGUGUAUAAUAAUUAUCUAUAUAUAAAUACACACACAUGCAUGUUUAUAUUUAAUAAAUAUUUACAUGUGUAUAUACAUUUUUAUGUUUAUAUGUAAUUUAUAUUAUAUAAACACUUAAAAUAUAAAUAGAUUUUGUUUCUUCAAAUUAUACAUUCAUGUGUGUGUAUGAGCUACAUAAUUAUUAUACACAGUACACACAUAUAUGAUGUAAACAAAAGCUUUUCUUCUGCAAACGAUUCAUCAUUUUGUAUGUUUGUAAUAUAUAAUAGGUUCCUUUCAGACAAACUGUCUUUAUACUUUACACAUCAUGCUCUGUUUUUUAAAAAUGAGUGAAAAUAGUAAGGAAGAGUAAAGGUGUAUGAAGAGGGAGAAUUUGUUUGAGUACAGGAGGAAACAGAAUAUUAAUGAGGUAAGCAAGACAGGAGAAGAGAGAGGAUUGAAUGUAAUGGUAAGACGAUAAUUUCUGUAAAAAGCUGAGGAAAGCAAAAAGAACAAGCUGCACUGACAAAUGUCUCAUUUUCAUUCUUUGUUUACAUGCAUGUUUACAUGUUGUUAUAUGUUUACAUGUUGCUAUUUUUUCUGUCAACAUAUUCUGUUCUAUAUGCACUUUUAAAAUAUGUCAGUAUUGUUUAUUUCCUUUAAUUGUAAUUACAAUUGUUCAAUGUAGACAGAAGUUAAUUGAGUGAACUGAAAGUAAAGAGAUAAAAGGAGGAGCAAAGGUUAAAGAGAAGAGGGAGGAGCAAAAGGAAAGUGAAGUGGGAGGAGCAAGGUAGAAGGCAAGAAAGUAAAGGUGAAGAAAAGAGUGAAAGAGUUCAUAUCAGUUUCAUUGAUUAUACUGUCCUAUAUUUUAUACUGACACUUUUAUUGGCAAACUAAAAUGCACUUAACUUUUAAGUAACUGUGUUUAUGGUUAAGUGCUGUUACCGGUAUUGCCUAAAACUUCUGACAUUUAUAGCAUGCAUUUGCAUGUUAAAUAAAUGGUUUGGAAGUCAUUUUUCCUUGUUUUCUUGUAGUCCUCAAAGUGACUUAAAAUCUGAGUUUGUGUAUGA